GUUUGUUUGUACUGUUUGACAUCGUUAUCCUGCUCGCUAAUUACCUUUGAGAAUUAUUCAGUGGACAGAGACAUCGGGUCUGGGCUGCGUUAGGGUCUCCCACCGCGGAUACCGGAUCGAUCCGAUAUGGGACGAAUGAAAUACCGUAUCGGAGAUAUUUUUGUGCGAUGACACACUGCUCGUCCUUAACAUUUGCCAACAGUGUAAUAGAGAUCGAUAGUUGCUCCGAGGAGACUUUACUGCGCAGGGAUCUGAACGUUGCAGCUUCACCGUAGAGCACAUUGCUAAGUAAAGAGACGUUUCUUUACACUCGGUACUUCUCUCUAACUAACCUACUGUACAUUUCCCCCCGCUAACAGCCAUUGCAGGGGAAACGUGGAGAGUUCAGCCCAAAGUACGAUGUCUUCCUCAUGUGGGUGAUUUCAGCCUCGCAAAUAUUGUCUGCUUUUCUCUCGGUGUGUAUGUAGUGCGAUGAGGAAACACACCCGUGUUCACCCAGAGAUGCGAUCAGUCUUUUUUAUUCAGGCUUUGACAUUAUCAGGCGUUUUUAGUUGCUGAUCAACGGGACUGCUGUCCAUCGGAAGGGACGUGGGGUUAGUUUUCUCUCUCUCUCUCUCUCUCUCUCUCUCUCUCUCUCUCUCUCUCUCUCUCCUUUCUUCUUCCCUCCGUCGUGGCCGCACGAGUGUGCAGAUCAACAACACUGCUCCGUUUUCUGCCCGAAGUGUUUCUCGGAUAAAAAUCCCGUUCAGAAGAACUACACGUCGGUGUGUCGGUGCCUCACCCUUUCGGAUCGCGGGGAGUUUGUUAAAUUUAUUGGCCUCAUUUAAAUUAAAACCAUGAAAUCUAAUAAACCAGAACAUUUCCACCUGAGAAUCGGCGGCGUCUUUCUGUAUUGUUGGGAUCUGAUCGCCUAAUUGUUCAUCAGGCUCGUUCGAGCGAGUAGUUAAGAGUUAAAGCAAAAGGCUUUAUUCAUUUAAUCUCGCGAAAGACCAUUUUGAACCCGUGGGAGAAAAAUCGGCGUUCUUCAUACGACACUUGGUUGCAAUCCCGCAUCCUGUAUCCUUGUAGCGUCUCCUUUGUGUGUGUGUGUGUGUGUGUGUGUGUGUGUGUGUGUGUGUUUGAGGGAGAUCUGGGCUGCGCUGCCGACACACCGGGAGAGAGUGGGCUCAGGAGCCGAGGGUGGAUUCUCUCUGCCCUGCCUUGUUACGUUUCCGUGCUACAGACCGUGUCAGAAAGGGACACGAGAACCAGACUCUCGCUGCGCCCUGGCUCACUGACCAACGCGGUUAAUCAGCUUUCAUUUGGCAUUCUUUAACGAGCUGUGGUCAGUAGAGCAGCAAACCCCGGCCACGACGAGAACUCGUGCGAGCUGAUCAACUUUACUAACACACACACACACACACACACACACACACACACUUCCCCACUCGUGUCCGGUAUCCAGACUGACUUGACCUCCGAGAAGAACCGCGCGCGUGCAGCCGGACAGACAGACGGUAUGCGGGACAGAUAGGCUUCACCCUCGUCCCCACAGGAAAAAAUGUUCAUAUUUCUCACUCGUGUUUGUGGACGAGCUUCUUCUUUUCAUCAGAGGAAAUCAUUAUAAAUGUACAUCUGUCGUCACACUCAAAGGAAUGCUGUGUUGAAAAAAUAAAUAAAAAACGCCUAUGCAGGUGGAUCCCUCACCAAUGAAUGUAAGGGAUGAAGGCAAAGUGAGCAAAGAGAGCAGUGCCCUUACACAGCUGUCAGAGAGCAUGGUGGGAAAUCCACAGCAGACACUGCCUCCUGAACUCAGAGGAGACGUGCCUCACGGUCAGCAGAACAAGCUGAGGACCACUUCAGACUGUAAAAUGCCUGGUGUCUGCUCAGAUGCCAGCAAGGCUAGCAAGACCAGCAAUUCAAACCAUUGUCCUGAAGUCGCAUCUUCUCAACUUCGCAGCAAUGCUCCUGUGUUCAGCACUGAUUCUUUUAGCAUGCCAUUACCUGACAGGGCAGAAGCUCCCAAAGCCCAGGCUGAAGGGGCUGCUGUCUGCCCGACUCAGCACUGGCCUUGUGGUAAAAAGGUUGGCUCAGAGGACUUGAUGAACUUGGUUCACAAUAGUGUGAACCCAAAUAAGAAAGGCCCUCAUAACACUGGACCUACCCAACCUGUUAUAAGCCUUUCUCCAGGAUUUCAAUGUUCAACCCUCUUCAAAUCAGGCCAACCUGUUGCUUUCCUUCCAUCUGCAAACUUUUCUUCUUCUCUUUGUAAGAUCACCUUGCCUCCAGGAUUGGGCCAGACUGCUGCUCUGAGAGAAGCCACAGCUAGUCAGUUUCAAAAGGAUUGUCCAGUGCCGUGUUCAGGCUCAAGUGUAACUCCAAGGCUCAAAACAUACCCUUUUCAGUUUUCUGUGGGUAGAAGUGUAGCUGAGAAGAAAUCGCUGUCAUCAGCUUCUAAAGGCCGAUGUGAGCAUGUUUCUAAUUCAAAGAGCUGCAAAGGUGUAGGAGAGCACAAAUCAACAAUUUCCUCUGCCGUUAGCCCAGCUACUGUUCUCCCAGCGCAACAGGCCACACAAGUCUCAGCCCCACUGACUCAUUAUACUAUCUCUCCCACUGCUGCCAUCUGCUGUAGCUCAGCACUGGCCAACAUUACCACUCAGAGCAGGCUUCGAAGCCUUGUCGAGAAAUGUCCCCCAUAUAGAGAAACCGAAAAGACUUCUGUGGCUUAUUUGAAGCCGAAGACUGUAACAUCUACUGAGGAACACAAUGUUCUGUGUCCUCCAGAAGCCAGAGAUGUACCUCUUGACUUAUCUUCAAAAUCCAAGCGCCAAAAAAGCAGUAAGGAUGUUCAAAAUAGCCUGACCGCCACAACUGAUCAAAGCUUAUUUGAGUCUCAUCAAAAGAAUUCACAUACUCCCAAAAGGCCUCAGACUUCCACUUUUGGUUCUGCUUCUAAUUAUCCUCUUUUACCAGAUACCCAGCGAAAUGGCUCGGCCCAGAGAUCCACCUCAAAACUCAGCAAUCACAAUAUGGAACCCAGUGCAUCAUGGGACAAAGCCUCAGCUCAAGGUUCCAUAAACAGUGUCCCAGGAACAUAUGUAGGUGUAGCAAGCCCUAUUCUUGCUUCUACCUUGCGUAGCAAGGACGGGAAAAGUGCUGCAUUUGUUGAAGAUGUUCAGAUAUUUGCUAAGCAAGAAACCAUUUCGAUUAUUGAUCAAGGUGAACAUUUGGCUUCUAGAGGGAAGAAGACAUCUUUUGCAGUUAAAGGCGAUCGGUCAAACAAAGGUGGUAAGCAAGCUGGUAGUUUCUCCGCUAGUACUACCUCCCCUGGACGGCAAGAGCUUUCAUCCAAGCCACUGUUUACUUCAACAAACCCACAAUCCGCUAGGACUUCAGGUGGAAAAGCAGGGAUUCCUUAUACAACCCCAGGCAAACCACUGUGGCAUCAACCACUUUUUCAGGGGAUGUCUGUGCAGAAGCGACCAGCACAGAGCCAAGCCCCACCUAAAGGCAAAGGCAACUCGAGUUGUGAUGGCACCUUGUUUCAAAAAUGUGAACAGAGCCCAUCUAAUGUAAAAGAAGAGAAGUGGGAGAAAACCCAUUCUCCCCUAUCCAACCUAGAGUCAAUAGUAAAGCAGAAAGCUCUUGAGACCACUGCACUGACUGGUGAAACCUACUGUAACCUGUCAACUGUGGGAUCCAGGAAGGCUGAGGUGGUCAACUUGCUCAGCAGGUCUCAGAACCUUCCAGUGCAACAAAGUUUGGCCACUGGCUUUGUACCCUGUGGAACCUCAGAGACUCAAGACUUUAAGACAGGUAGCAAUUCCCCAUUUACAGAUGCAAUAGCAGACAGUAGGCAGGAGGCCACAACUGUUUUUGUGCCCAAAGACAAGUGCCAUGACAAACAGGCAAAGCAAUUUGAAACGUUCACAGGCCAAAAGUCAGAGCUCAGCACACCUAAGAAAAGAUGUGUAUCCAGUAUUAAAGCAGGCAAGAAGGAAAGCAUUUUGGCCGCAGAUCCAGAAAAGAAAACGAGCAAAGACCCUGUAGUACAAAAGGAAUUCGCUCCUAAUUCAAAGCUGGAGAGUAUAUCCAUCCCUCAGCAGCAGACUACCCCAGAGGCAGAAGGAGAGAAAAAAAUGAAUGGUGGUAAAAAAGAUGUUUCCAAAGUAGAAGUACCUGUCACCAAACAGAAGAAACCACGGAAGAAGGAAAAGAGCUCUCAUGAAACAUUAAAAAAUACUGCAGCACAGAAGAAAAAAACUCGGAUGAAGGAAACUGCCACAGUAGUUCAAGCCCCUACUUCUAAAAAACAGAAAAAGGGAACUUUAUUUACUGCAGAGAAGAACCCACUGAAGGAGAGUCCACUGAAGGAGAGUCCACUGAAGGAGAGUCCACUGAAGGAGAGUCCACUGAAGGAGAGUCCACUGAAGGAGAGCACAUGUCCAGUCCCUGAGAUGGGGGCCAGGAUUCACAAAGGAAAGGGUGCUUCUGCUAAAAUGGAGCAACCUAUGUGCAGCAAACCUGAUUUUGAAAACCACUCAGCAAGAAGUUUGCGGGUGGACCCUGCUUCCCUCACCAAGACUGAUCAGCCCACUAAGGAGACUAACUUGCAGCAAGUGUCCUCUCCAAGGCCAAAACGAGGGCGCCGGCGCACCGACUAUGCAUUGCUGAGAGACUGGAGCUUUGCUUCUCCGCCUACUCCUCCUCCUCCUCCUCCUCCUCCUCCCCCAGAACCACCCACUUCUCCAGUUUUGCCGAAUCCUGCUUUCCCACUAAGGCGACCUCGGGGCAGGCCUCGUCUUAAUCCUCUGCCUGAAGGUGGGGACACAGACAACAUUAGAUCUGCUCAGGUAGCAGAGGGAAGAGACCCGGCCUCUGCAAAAAAGAGAAAGCGAUGCAGGAACCGCAAGUACCAGAAUGGGGAGUACAUUACAGAUAAGGAAAAGGAAGCCAACAGGGAAAAUGAGGCGAGUUUGGUGGAUGGAGAGAAUGAAGAAAUAGAUGUGGACCCUCCUCUUAAUGCCACUUUACCAUGUGAAGACCCCAAUCCUGAUCUCAGUCCCCGGAAGUCCCUGAACACCCGCUCAGGGACCAUGCGACUUCACGAGAGUUCAUCCACCCCAGAAUGCAACGACAAACCUCCAGGAAAGAGAAAGUUCAAAAGCAAGCACUUGUGUGAUACUGAGGAACAGAAAAAGCUCAAGAUCAAACGAGGCCUUGCAGGGAAGCGCUCCUCAUCCCUCUCCACAGAUGAUGACAGCCCUUUGGCCAAAAAACCUUCCACACCAUACUCGGCUCCAAAGGAUACAUUAUCUCCUGUUUCUAAAAAGAAAGGGCCUGGAAAGGGUGGGGUCCCAGAAUCCACACCAAGCCGUCCUGUACCUCCAGAGGUUCGCCGAUUGAUUGUGAACAAAAAUGCAGGGGAGACAUUGUUACAAAGAGCUGCUAGGCUGGGAUACCAGGAAGUGGUGCUGUAUUGCUUAGAAAAGGAUGUGCGAGAGGUGAACCGGCGGGACAAUGCUGGCUACACAGCACUGCAUGAGGCGUGCACUCGGGGAUGGACACACAUUGUGCAGGUGCUGCUGAAGCAUGGAGCUGAUGUUAAUUGUAGUGCACAAGAUGGGACACGCCCCAUUCAUGAUGCAGUAGCAGCCGAUAGCCUGGCAGCAGUGUGGAUGCUGUUAAACCAUGGUGCAGAUCCAACGCUGGCCACCUAUUCUGGCCAAACAGCCGUUAAAUUGGCCCAGAGUCCCAGCAUGAAAACCUUUCUCAAAGAGUACUUUACUGACCUAGAAGGGCGCCCUGAUCAAGAUCCAGGUCUGCAGUGGGAUUUUUACAGCAGCUCACUGUUUGAGACGGAUCAUGAGGCCUGCUGGGACUUCCUGCUGUCUCAGCCUGAAGAGGAAGACGAGGAAGAAUGGCGAGAGCAGGGAAAGGAUAAAGACAACGACUGCCUUUUGUUUGAGUUCUCUUCUGAACCAUUAUUACCUUGCUACCAUGUUCAAGUAUCUUUAACACAGGGUUUUUGCAACUGGUUUCUGCUGAUGGAUGUGUUGAAGCGCCUGAAGGUCUCAGCUCGCAUCUUUCGGGCAAGGUAUCCUCAGUUUGAAGUGGUGAGCCUCACAAGGGCCGAGCUGUGGAGGCAGGUGAGCAUUAGCCAGACGUGCAUGGCCCCAGAUGAGCUCCGACCCACCGAUGAGGAGGAGGAGGACGAGACAGUUGAGUUGGUGCGCUGUGUACCAGAGCUGCAGGGACUGCUAGGCUCAUCCAUCCAGCUGCUACAAGAUGAUGACAAUGAUGAUGAGAGUUCAGAGGUCAGAGGUAAACUCUGCAACCGAUAGCGAUGUCCUGAGAUGAGGGAGUCGCUGUACACAGGCCAUUUAAGCCUCCUUAUUUACUGAUAGAUGCACUGCUACUAAAACCAGCACUUUGUAUGUACACUAUCCGCCAAAAACGGCUCAUCGGAUACAGAUGAGAUCCUUCGCAGAACACAUCCUUCUCCCAGAAUACCUUUCUUUACAGCAGCAGAAGGGGCCUUGUUAGAUUGACUUGCCUUCGAAUAACUUGCAGAAGGAGGGAGGACUCUAUCAAAGCAAAGGCAAUUUCUGUUCCCAACCUGUAGGUAUUUUUCACUGUCCAGUAAUUUCUCUCAAAUCUUUUUAUAUGUAUAAACUUAAGUAUAUGUAAAUACAUAUGUAUAUAUUGACAUCAGGGUGAGCCCAGUUUGGUUGUAAUUUAUCAUUAAUAUGUUUUAAUGUUUGUUUAUUCCUGAGGUUGUGUGAAUAGUUUGAAUAGGGUGCCCAUGGCAUUUUUCUGUUUGUUUUAUCUUGGUGAACUAAGAGGUUUAUGGUCAGCUCAUUGUGGCAGGAAGGACUCUGGGACAGAUGGUUCCUCUGUAAACCUGCGAGAGUCUCUCUCUAUCUGUUUGGCACUCUCUCGGCGGGGACCCCUAACCCAGAACAUAUGUCGAUCGGCCCUGUCCUCCUUUACCUCACUGUACCUCGGCUCUUGUUGCCACCACAGCUCUGCUUCCAACACCUCGACUAGUUGCAUUAAUCUUGGUUUCUUUGCAGUGUAGCAGGCAAAGGAUUGUAUUUAUAAAACCAAGGUCAUUCUGAUUUUCAAGACAAGGUAUAGACGUAUACAAUAACUAUGAGGAGUUUUAUUUUAUGUUUACAAAACCUAAAGAGAUUGUUGGAUAUAAAUGUAUGAAGGCCCUCAUGUAAUCAAGAUGAAAAGCAAACCUGUGGAAUGCUUUAUUUUUGUUUUGUUUUUUGUUGUUGUUUUUUUUUGUUUUUUUUUUAGAUUUUUCUAGGGACUUUGUUCUGGAUGUUGUCCAGCACCUUGCUCAGUUCAAGGUCAUGAGAGAAGACCUCUCUUACUAAGCUUGUUUUCCCCAGUGUACCCAGUUCCGGCGAGCAUUGUGGUGCAUGGUGUGUUUUAUUUACAUGGUUUUGACCGUUUGCGUUUAAUUUAAUAGUCAUUAAUAUAUUCGACUUUUUGUGUAUCAGACAAAUGAUAUAUGAAAGUUGCUUUGUAUGGUUGGUGCUUUAUUUGAAAUGUACAAUUAAUUAUCCCUUUACCCUAUGGAUGUUGUGUUCUCCUUCACUCCAAACAGUGUUUUAACAAGCAAAAGUACAGUUUUAUUGUACUGGUGCUAAGAUAGAUUUUGUGUUGACAAUCAUUGACCUUUUUCUGAACUGAAACCAAUAAAUACUAUUUAACUGAAGAGUGAGAAAUGUAAAGAGAGAGUUUAGUUUCAUUACCAUUGGAAAUCCACCAAGCUGUGAACAGAGUAGUUGAUUUUGAAGGUUUGUUGCGUGUGUGUGUGUGUGAUAAGCAAAGGGGAUAUGUUUAUCUGAAUCCUUUUUGAAGGAAAUCGACCAGAAUAAAGCAUGAUUGUCAAGUUUU